AAAAAGAGUUUUCCAAAGGGGAAUUUCAAUUGGAGGGUUGGAUAAGAAAGAACCAAAGCCCCAACAAGCUCCCUCUUAUUCUCUUUCUAACCCUGAAUUGAUUCGACAAGAUGAAAUAGGUGGGUGGUUCAGCCAUCAAAUUGACCAAAAUGUUGAACCUCUUUCUGUAUACGACUGGAAUCUACGUCAGUCCGUCUCAGGAAUAUUUGCUAUAGCUUAUGAGACUGAUGUUUGUAAAUGGAAAGUGAAUGUGUAGGUCGACUUUUUCGAGCAUAUAAAUUCUUUUCUGGGGAUUGAAAUCUUUUGCAAUGGUAAAACCCAAAGCUAUCGACUGUCCAAGUAUAUGUUAUCGACCAAUUGAACCCUCAGACCUUGAAGUUUUGGAGCAAAUCCAUGGUAACUUGUUUCCAAUCCGGUAUGAGUCGGAGUUUUUCCAUAGUGUUGUUAAUGGGCGUGACAUCGUGUCGUGGGCAGCGGUGGAUCAAAAUAGACCAGAUGGCAGAAGUGAUGAGCUUAUUGGAUUUGUGACUGCACGAACUGUUCUGGAAAAAGACAGCGAGAUAUCUGAUUUACUUCGGCAUGAUUCAUUAACCACGGACCACACUCUAGUAUACAUUCUUACAUUGGGAGUAGUGGAAAGCUACAGAAACCUUGGGAUAGCUAGUUCACUUGUUCAAAAGGUAAUUAAAUAUGCCUCAAGCAUCCCAACUUGCCGAGCAGUUUAUUUGCAUGUCAUUUCAUACAAUACUACUGCUAUCAAAUUCUACAAGAAAAUGUCAUUCAAGUGCCUACAAAGACUGCCGGGCUUUUACUUUAUCAAUGGCCAGCAUUAUGAUUCUUACCUGUUUGUCUACUAUGUGAAUGGUGGUCGAUCUCCAUGCUCUCUAUUAGAGGUUGUCACUUUCAUGGUGAGUUAUUUAAGGGACGGUAUCAAGUCUGUAACUUCAAGGCUGAGGAAGAAUGAAAAAAGGAAGGUGUCAAAAUGGUCGAAAUGUAAAGAAUCUCAUAGCCUUAUAUCCAUGGCGCAGAGCAAGAGAAAUCUAGCGGUUGAAAGCAAUGGAUAUGAAUGUGUUUAAUUUGAUUCUGAUGUUAAGCACUGAGAAGGAAACCACUCAGAGGAAGAUUGACCACACUGUAUACCUACUCUUCCUUCAACUCUUUAUAAUUUAUUGUAGUUUAAACCGUAUAUAUAUAUAUAAAUAUGAUGAUAUUCUAUGCUUAAUGUAAUAAGGUUUUGGUGAUGUUUAAUGUGAAAUUGAGGCGUCUGUAUUCUUAUUU